AUGCAUCACGGUGAUCUGCCAUCGGAUGAAAGACAUCGACAACAGCUGGAAACGGGCAGAAGGAACGCGGCGGUGCGUACGGAAAGUGACUGGAAAAUGUUUGAUGCUGGGUCGAACGGAGCACGAGAUCGAAAACAACGAAGCGAUGAUAUAGCUACAUCCGAAGCGCUGGAGCUUCUGGUCAGAUUGCGGAGAUUUUGA